AUGGAAACGCUUGUGUAUGCAACAGACCCAAAAGCAGUGCUCAAGGUAUUUUUCCGCUUGUUGAAGCCUGGAGCCUCGCUGGUGUUGUUUGAAUAUGCACACUUUAGCCCGAAGGAUGCAUCUGAGUCAUCGAAGCUUUUUAAGCAAGUCAAUGAGUAUGCCGCGAUGCCAGCCAAUACAGAAUUUGAAGAAAACACUCUUUCAUCGAUGGUUGAAGAAGCCGGGUUCACAAACAUAAAGACGAGUGAUCUCUCAGAAAAUGUGAAACCGAUGCUGCGCCUUUUCUUCGUCCUUGCAUACGUUCCUUACCUCGUCAUCAGACUAUUCGGCCUCGAGAAAUACUUCGUCAAUGCUGUGUCUGCGAUUGUGGCCUAUCGGUACUUUGACAUGCAUCGCUAUGUGGUCAUUCGGGCCUCAAAGCCCGAAACCAAAGAGGGACAUCCUUUGGAGCCCAAGAAAGUUCAAAAAUAA